GGAUUUUCUCAGGAGGAGGAGCUUCUAGCUCAAGUUAAACUAGCAGGAGAAAUUUCUAGAGUUUUUAUUUCAAUUUGAUGGGGUGUUGUUCCAGUACUCAGCUUAAGGCUGAUCAGAGUUCUCUCCAUCAUGCUAAUAGCAGUGACAGGGUUAAAUAUGAAGGACUAAACCAAAGAUCAGAGGAGGAGGUGCUGCAAUCGUCGAACUUGAAGAUGUUUUCCUACAAAGAACUUAGCUUAGCAACUAAGAAUUUUCAUAAUGAUAGUCUUGUUUUAGAAGGUGGGUUUGGUUCUGUGUACAAGGGGUGGAUUGAUGUGCACACCUUUGCACCUGCUACGCCGCGUUCUGGACAGGCUAUUGCUGUCAAGAGAUCCCAAGGUCACACUGACUGGUUGACAGAAAUCAUUUACUUGGGGCAACUACGACAUCCUAAUCUUGUACACCUGAUCGGAUACUGCUUUGAGGAUAAGCACCACCUUUUGGUAUACGAAUUCAUGCAGUGUGGUAGUUUGGAGAAUCAUCUGUUUAAGAGGUCAACUUCUGAUGAGGCUCCACUAUCAUGGAAACUUCGAUUGAAGAUUGUUCUAGGCGCAGCAAAGGGGCUUGCUUUCCUCCACAAUAACCAAGAGAUCAAAUUCAUUUAUCGAGAUUUUAAGCCUUCUAAGAUACUCCUUGAUUCAGAUUUCAAUGCAAGGAUUUACGGUUUCAGUUUGGCUAAAAAUGGGAAAUUUGAUGACCGGGGUAAUGGGUCCACUAGAGUCGUCAUAGGUACUAAUGGCUAUGCAGCUCCUGAAUAUAUUGGUACUGGUAAGAGAAGAGUUCCUCUUUUUAGGCUCUGUUUUUUUGGUUGAAUUUCAGGAUUUUUAAUUCAGGUUCAGUAACAUUCAGUUAAGUCCAGUUCUUUUUGGUUGAAUUUCAGGACUUUCAAUUCAGGUUCAGUAACAUUCAGUUAAGUCCGGUUCUUUUUGGUUGAAUUUCAAGACUUUCAAUUCAGAAUCAGUAACAUUUAGUUCAGUCCAAUUCAGAUUAAAAAAACAAGGCUUUACUUCUUAUUUUUUGAUAAUCAAAUUAAUUCAUUCAUAAGAAGUCAUACGACAUUUAUAUAAAGAUUUGGAUUUAACAAAUACUUCCUCUGUUAUUUUUUAAAUGACACAAUUAUUUAGGCACGUUUGUCAACGCAUGAUUUCAAACAUUUAUCUCUAAUUAUAGAUAAGAAAAAAAAACAUAAAAUUUGAUAUUUAAAAAUAUUUAUUGAGACGAAUCUAACAAGACCUCACACGACUAUGUUUUUUUUAAGUAUAAACCGCAAAAGGAAGUCAAAGGAGCUUGUGUGAAUAGUGUCCAAAACCCAAUUGUAUCAUGUAAAUAAAAACGGAGGUAGUACAUAAAAAACGAAUCAAAUUAAACUUCUUUUCACCAUAGCUAUGAUCAUAGUAUAUCAAACAUUUUGUAUACCCUCUUUUAUAUGGUUGUCCUUUUUCUGCAAGGGGGUCUAUAGAUCUGUUGUAGUCGUGACAAAUAUGAUUUUAGUCUGAUUCAUCUGAUUGUAGUCGAAAGAUUGACCUAAUCUUCGAUCCCGCACAAAGCUUUACCAAAAAAAUAACCUGAACUAAAUAAACACACAAAACUUAACUAGAAUGAAACUCACCAUAGGGGUACUUAUUACACAACAAUAUGUAGUUUUAUUGAGAUCUAAGCCAAAAACAAAAUAGAAUUAAAGAGAACGGGUCGGAAAAAACCAAAUUAGAAAUUUGGCUAUUUCUGCCCUAAAAACCAAGGAGAGGGACCUUAUUAAUUGGGCAAUGCCUUACCUUCAGAAGGAAAAAGUUAGCAGGAUCAUGGACCUUAAAAUUAAAGGGCAGUACUCUUCAAGUUCAGCAAAGAUUAUAGGCAACCUUGUUAACAAGUGCCUAUCAUUAGACCCAAGUUCAAGGCCCAAUAUGGAUGAGGUCGUAUCAAUAAUAGAGCAACUCCAAGAUAUAUUGUAAACUCGGCCAAUAGGGGUGAUCAAUUCGAAUUAGGGAUGGCAAAGUUAAAUGGAUAUCCAUUUAUUCGAUCCAUGCGCAAUUAUUAAAUAGAUAGAUAUCCGGACUAAACGGAUGACAUGCGGGUGACGGAUCGAGUCGGAUACGGAUGACCCUCGCUCCAUCCGUUUAUCCUCCACCAUCCGCUUAAUAUAUUUUUCACCUAAAUUUUAACAAAAAUAUUCUACAAUCAAGAAAAUAUUUUUAAUUCUUGUUGCAGAUUAUAUUUUUUAAAGUAUUUGUUGUUAUUUUUUUAAACAAAUUUUUUUUAAUUGUUGAAAAUGACUAUAAAAGUUGAUGUGAUUUUUUAUAGUAAAAUAAAUAUUCAUCCGUUAUUCACCCGAUCCACCUGUUUCAUACGCGGAUGACGGGUGGGUGGAUGCGGGUGAUGGGUUAAACGGGUGACGGAUGAAGUAAAUUGAUAAACGGAUGGAUAUGAGUAAAGCCCCAUCCAAUCCGAAUCCGAUCUAUUGUCAUAUCUAGUUCGAAUGCCCCAUCCCUAUAUUACUCAUCACAUUACUUAUGUGUGGGAUACAAAUACAAUAGUGGGAUGGGGAUUCGAAUUCAUAAGGACAUGUAAUUACUAACCCAGUAAUCUGAUUACUACCUCAUUUUUACGCUGGUUGUUUUAAUUUGUUUUACAAUGUUAUUUACAUUGUGCUUUAAUCUAUGUUUGGAUAUAAAAGUUUACUAUCUUAUCCAUUUUAAUCCACAACAUUUACGCUCUGUUUGGCAAUAAUAGUUGAAAUGAAGCUGAAACUGAUAAGUUGUCUGAAACAAAUAAGGUGAAUGGGUGAUAACUGAAACUGAUACGUAGCUGAAACUUAUAAGCUACCUAAUUACAACCACUGUUUAGUAAAAAUAAAUGUUUAAUUAGCUGUAAUUAUUCGGUGAAAUGUGAAAUAUGCAUUGAAUUGACAAUAUAUUGUAAAAUUGUUAUAGUUUACAUAUUUCCAUACCCGUAAAUCCUAAUAAUAAUUUAGCUGAAAAUCACUUUACAUUUUGCUUUUGAGGAACUCACUUAACAUGUUUCAAUUAUAUAAGUUGCUAGUGUCUCGUCAUAUUUGCAUACUCGUAUAUAUCAUUACACCAU